UGCGCCCAAAGCGUUUCAUCCUGACUGAGCAAUGGGUUCGGUCGGACUAAAACUCCCUGCGACGUUUGCGCCUAACCGGAAGUGUUUGACGUUUGAAAGUAAAAGUGCAGAUACCGGACGCGCCUGACGCCGAGCUGGGCUCUAGGAGCGGAGUGAGGGCGAGCGGGGAGCUGGCAGCAGGUUUAGAAGACACAACACCCUGAAAAACUUGGAUUUUAACUUUACAAGAAGUUGAAAAUUGUAUUCUUCCUUCUUCUCUACCUGUCUACACACCUGGUGUCUUUCACACUUUCUUGGUGGUUGUUUGCGAUUUGGGCCGUCAUGAGCACUGCUCAAAGGAAACGGAAAUCGGAUUCUGGUAACUCAAGACGUACACGCAAAAGGAGAGCAGGACAGUGCUCCACGACAACAAUGGCAACAGCCCCAGAAACCAUCGAAGUGGAAGAAAGUGGUGAAGAAGUAGUGGAUCUCACAUGUGAAUCCUUUGAACCUGUGGUAGUAGACUUAACUCACAACGAUUCUGUAGUUGUAAGUAACAAUAAUUCAAGUCAAAGAAGAAAUCCAGGCGUUUCCCAACAGACCGCCAGCUGUAUAUUAAGUAGUGAUGAUGAGGAUUCACGAGAUACGUCGUCUGUGGAACAGGAAGGUUCAAGGUUCACUUCAGGAAAAGUCAGUUGUCCAAUAUGUUUGGAUGGAUACUCAGAGAUUGUACAGAGCAAACGGCUCAUUGUGGCAACCAAAUGCGGCCAUAUUUUCUGCAGCCAGUGCAUCCGUGACGCACUUAAAUCCGCCAACUCUUGUCCAACUUGCAGGAAGAAGCUGACUCAUAAACAGUAUCACCCGAUCUAUAUAUAAAUAGAUUGCCAAGAAUUCCCAAUGUUUCCAGGACUACCUAAGUUUACUUUUGGACUUGCGUGAUUCCACCAAGCUUCUGCCUUUAUUUAUACUACAUUAAUUUCAAUGGAGAAACGGAUGGAACACCGUGUAAAUAAUGUUUUGGUACUGGAUAGGACUUCGCCAGCACCUAUCCACAUUGAAGAGAAAAAGCUCUACAGCUAUAGGCUGAGACAUCAGGUGUGGCGACAGCCUAUGUAGUGCGUCUUUUCUAAUGUUUCAUAAAACAUAUAUAUAUUUUUUUGUUUGUUUGUUUAUUUUAUUUUGCUUUGAGUUCUGAAAAAGAGGGACCCGAUUAUUGCCAUAUUACGAGUACAGACGUACUUUUUUUGUAAUCUGGGUUUAGAACUCUUCCUUCCAUAUGUUUAAGGAUAAUAUGCCAAUAUUUACUGAAAUAACAAGCAAAUAAAGAUGCAUUUUAUGAUGAGUUAAUUAAAUCCAUUUUUAUUAAAUUUUUGUAAA